CCGCCCUUCUCUGCAGCUAUAAAGCUCUCAACCGGCUCUCCAUCUUCGCAGUUUGGGGCGGGUGGGGAGAAUGGCUUCAGAGGUGGAGUCGUCGCUGGAGGCAAGCUUCUCGUCCAGCGGCACAGGGUCGGGGACCUCACGGCUUCUGCCUCCAGCCCGCUCCCGCAUCUUCAAGAUCAUCGUGAUCGGCGACUCCAAUGUGGGCAAGACGUGCCUGACGUAUCGCUUUUGCGCUGGUCGCUUCCCCGACCGCACCGAGGCCACUAUAGGAGUGGAUUUCCGAGAACGAGCGGUGGAUAUUGAUGGAGAGCGCAUCAAGAUUCAGUUAUGGGACACAGCAGGACAAGAACGAUUCAGAAAGAGCAUGGUACAACACUACUACCGAAACGUUCAUGCUGUUGUCUUUGUGUAUGACAUGACCAACAUGGCUAGUUUUCGUAGCCUGCCAUCUUGGAUAGAAGAAUGCAAACAACAUUUGCUAGCCAGUGAUAUACCACGGAUUCUUGUUGGAAAUAAAUGUGACUUGAGAAGUGCCAUUCAAGUACCCACAGACUUGGCACAAAAAUUUGCUGACACACACAGUAUGCCUUUGUUUGAAACCUCUGCUAAAAACCCCAAUGAUAAUGACCAUGUGGAAGCUAUAUUUAUGACCUUGGCUCAUAAGCUUAAGAGCCACAAACCAUUAAUGCUUAGUCAACCCCCUGAUAAUGGAAUUAUCCUGAAGCCUGAACCAAAGCCUGCAAUGACGUGCUGGUGCUAAAUAACAGUCUUUAUGAUGCUAUCUAAUUUUGACUAAAGAAAUACUUGGGAGGUAUGACAGUGAUAAGUCAUAAGAUUUGAUCUCAAAUGUAUGGGAUCAUCCUGGCACCUUACUAUUUAUCAUUGUCAUGCUUACUUUUGUACUUUGUAUCGACUUAAGUUUGUCAUUGUGACAACACAAGGAAAAAGUUGGUUUUCAGGUGAGGUUGAAAUGAAGCAAAGGUAGGGUGACUCAGCAUAUCUUUUCAUCGAGAGCCCAGUGAAGAAACCCUCAAAUGAGAGUGUGAUGGGAUGUUAAGAGUCAGCAGCUGUUCAGUCCUGUAUUUCUAGGAUUGAAAAAAAUCUAUUAAGAAUUUAGUACAUACCUACUGGUAUGCCUUUUAAAUGGAGGGUAUCCUCAGUAGGAUAAAAACUGGUAUUUGCCUCUCCCCACAGAGUUCUUUAUUUUGUAUUACUAAUGUUUUUAAUUGCAUUAUUAUUAGCACAUUUUAGAGCCAAGGCUUUAGUACCAGUGAUGUUUAGAACCAGAAUGUUUUCUGGUUCUCAGUACCAAAAGAGCGAAUUGUUCAACAGUUCUGGAUUCUUGAUAUUUCUAAUCAGUAUCAAUCAGUUCUAUAGAAAUCAUUGUUACUUUAAAAAGAAUAAGUUGAAUUAUGUUCUUACUAAGUCUAUUAAAAUACACAAAAAUAAGUCAGAUUUUAAAGCAAAUGAAGUGACAUGGUUAGGUGCUUUAUAUUUUAUUUUGGCAUCUUUAAACAAUGAAAAACCAAUUGAAAGCAUUUGAAGAGUUGUAACUUGGGGAAAAUAGGUAAACAUGGUUCCUGGCUACCAUAAGGAGACCUGUUUUUAGCUUUGAGUCAUUUCAGACUGUGUCUAUGUCAUAGUAUCUCUUGCUCUCUUCCUCUCCUCUCUCCCCACUCCCACCUCAAUCAAUUUAA